AUGUUACAGAAGAAUGAAGAUGAACCAGAACAAGACUUAGAGAAAGAUAUCACAUUGGCAAUGACAGCAGCCGAGAGAAAAUUCUUCCUUAGCCAUCCAUCAUAUCGUUACAUGGCUGAUAAAACGGGAACACCAUAUUUGCAGAAAGUUCUUAAUCAGCAACUUACAAAUCACAUCCGUGAUACUUUACCAUCUUUGAGAGAUCGUUGGCAAAAGCAAUUAUUGACAGUAGAAAAAGAUGUCGACCAAUCUAAGCAUUUUCAACCCAACGAUCCAAGCAUUAAGACCAAAGCAAUAUUGCAAAUGAUUCAACAACUCCAGUCAGAUUUUGAGCGAACUAUUGAAGGUUCCGGUUCUGCUUCGGUAAACACUAACGAAAUAUCUGAUGUUGCCAAGAUUAACCGAAUUUUCCACGAAAGAUUGUGCGUUGAAAUUGUGAAAAUGUCAAGAUGA